AUGAGUCGUGAGAAAGUUAAACCUAAGCGGCAAGGCGAGCCAAAAAAUUUAAAAGCUGGUAGCAUUUUGGCAGACGAUCAGGAAUGCGCCAAGCGUUAUAUUGAAUGGAAAAACUUGAUGGAUAAAUACAACCAACCAGAAGACGACGAUGACAGUAUGUCAAUCGAUGAUGCGCUUGACCUAUAUGGUAAGAACGAUAAUGAUGAAAAGCGAACGCAAACAGUGCCAGAAGCACUGGAAUGUAGCGAGGACGAUGAGGAUAAAGAGAACAGUGAAAGCGAUUAUGCUGCUUUGAAGAAUCAAUUGACUACUGCCUUGCAGCGACGUAGCACCGAGUGGAAAAACAACGGCAUGGCAAAGAUAUUCAACAGCAACUUUUCUCUCAGCGUUGAUUACGUGCAAAGGUGGUUAGAAAAUUGCGCGGAUGGUACCGGCAAGCAGGUGACGCAGGAACGAGCAACACAUUUCACGGAUUGCGAUGGAGAGACGCAGGUGAAUGUCACUCAACGGGAGAACAUCUCUAUACUGAACCACACGGACAGGAAACAGCUGGCAUCGGAACACAGUUCCAACUACGAACUUUGUGGCACCGAUCAAAGGAGAGUAAUCGUGCAGCAGGUAGAAAAGACAACCAUUUCUUCGUUCUGCGUGGUAGAUCCGCGUGACAGCAAUGGAACGGGUGGACCUAUAUCGAAGUUGCCCCUGGACAGCUGUUUUGCAAACCUGUCCACUUUUAUGCCAUUUAAAAUUAAGAGUCUCAAUGAAACACUGGGACCGUUGUCAUGUGAGAAAGAGAGGGUUGGGAGUCAGCUGCAUAGAGGCCGUACGUUCAAUUCCAGUUCGCUUAACAGUGGAUCGUUGAUUAGUUUGAUAGAAAAUUCUCUUCAAAUAGUGCCAAAAGCGCGCAUUGAAAGUGAUUUAAAAAAGAAACCCGUUAAAGCUAAUCCCAAGCGAAGGGUACAUUUUAAACCGGCUAGAAAAGUGCGUCAAAUUAUAAGUGAUUCGUCUGAAAGUUCAAAUUUGGAUGAAGAUUUUACAUCAGACGACGACGACGACACCGACGAGUGUCCUGCGCGUGUUUCAAAACCAAUGCGCACUGUGCCUGCUCGUAUGAUAAACAAGAUACCCGUCAUGUCCUUAUGUUCCGACUCUAGUGAUGAUUCACAGUGCGAAACGAAUGCGGUCAAACCGCAACCGUCAGUUCCAUCGUUACCUGCAGACACCACCAUCAAAAGGUUGCAUGAAACUGGAGCACCGUUAACCAAUGGUUUCAAUCAUCUCGGUAAUGGUAACAAGAAACCACCAAAAGAUCAACAACAACAACAGCUCAUGCAUAAAGAAAACGAACGGAAAUAUCAGAUGCCGGCCAACUAUCGCCAAAUGUUGAGCGUAAAUGGGCGCUGUCCCUAUAAAUCCGAUGGUAUAGUUAUUUAUCGUCCCAAACCGAUACACGCGGGAUUGCCAAGAAAUGCAGACCGAAUCCUAAUCAAAAACGAAGAUCUGGAUCUAAGCGGUAUUGAAUCAAAAUUACGCCGCAAAAAGUUUGACAACUUUUCGUGCCAAUCGCACCCAAACUCGGUGCUCGUAUACUACAUGAGCGAUUCGGACCAUGAACCGUACGACGAACUGCCGGUGCGGAAUGCGAACGAGGAUUCAUCGGAUGAUGACGAUCCCAUAAGCAACUAUAAGACAAAACCAUGCAUACUGACCUAUUUCAACGAAGAUCCGUAG